AUGACCACGUUACUCUUGAUUUUCGUGACUCUGCGGGUCCUUGCGGCAGCUGCAGCGCAGGAAAUACCUGACCACGACAACUCUCUGAGCGUCAGCAUCCCGCAACCGUCCCCCCUGCGCGUGCUCCUGGGGACCUCCCUCACCAUCCCCUGCUACUUCCUCGACCCCGCGCACCCCGUGACCACGGCCCCGUCCACCGCGCCGCUCGCCCCAAGGAUCAAGUGGAGCCGAGUGUCCAAGGAGAAGGAGGUGGUCCUGCUGGUGGCCACCGAGGGGCAGGUGCGGGUCCACAGUGCCUACCGGGACAAGGUCUCGCUGCCCAACUACCCCGCCAUCCCCAGCGACGCCACCUUGGAGAUCCAGAGCCUGCGCUCCAACGACUCCGGCGUCUACCGCUGCGAGGUGAUGCACGGCAUCGAGGACAGCGAGGCCACCCUGGAAGUCGUGGUCAAAGGCAUCGUGUUCCACUACCGUGCCAUCUCCACUCGGUACACCCUGGACUUCGACCGGGCGCAGCGGGCCUGCCUGCAGAACAGCGCAGUCAUCGCCACAGCCGAGCAGCUGCAGGCUGCCUACGAGGACGGCUUCCACCAGUGUGACGCGGGCUGGCUGGCCGACCAGACCGUCAGGUACCCCAUCCACACACCCCGGGAAGCUUGCUAUGGAGACAAGGAUGAAUUCCCUGGUGUGAGGACCUACGGCAUCCGAGACACCAACGAGACCUACGAUGUGUACUGCUUUGCGGAGGAGAUGGAGGGCGAGGUCUUCUAUGCAACAUCCCCGGAGAAGUUCACCUUCCAGGAGGCGGCCAAUGAAUGCCGCCGGCUGGGUGCCCGGCUGGCCACCACCGGCCAGCUCUACCUGGCCUGGCAGGGCGGCAUGGACAUGUGCAGCGCGGGCUGGCUGGCCGAUCGCAGUGUGCGCUACCCCAUCUCCAAAGCCCGGCCCAACUGCGGGGGCAACCUGCUAGGCGUGAGGACCGUCUACCUGCACGCCAACCAGACCGGCUACCCGGACCCCUCAUCCCGCUACGACGCCAUCUGCUACACAGGUGAAGACUUCACGGACAUCCCAGAAAACUUCUUCGGAGUGGGAGGCGAGGAAGACAUCACUGUGCAGACCGUGACCUGGCCUGACCUGGAGCUGCCCCUGCCCAGAAACACCACGGAGGGCGAGGCCAGGGGCAACGUGAUCCUCACAGCCAAGCCCUUCUUUGACCUCUUCCCCACUGCCCCAGAGCCUGGGGCCCCCAUCCCACUGACCCCUGAGACCAUCGGGCCCUGGGGCCUUCCAGAAGAAUCCACACCCAGGCCAGGCCCUGCCACAGCCUUCACCAGUGAGGACCUGGUCGUGCAGGUGACCAUUGGCCCAGGCGCGGCCGAGCUCCCAGGGCAGCCCCGUCCAUCGGGGGGGGUGGUAUUCCACUACCGCCCGGGGUCCAAGCGCUACUCACUGACCUUCGAGGAGGCUCAGAGGGCUUGCCUGAGCACCGGGGCCAUCAUGGCCUCCCCAGAACAGCUGCAGGCCGCCUAUGAGGCGGGCUACGAGCAGUGCGACGCGGGCUGGCUGCAAGACCAGACGGUCAGGUACCCCAUUGUAAGCCCACGGACCCCAUGUGUGGGUGACAAGGACAGCAGCCCGGGGGUCAGGACCUACAGGGUGCGGCCAUCAACAGAAACCUACGACGUGUACUGCUACGUGACCGAGCUUCAAGGGGAGGUGUUCUUUGUCACCCGUCUGGAGCAGUUCACCUUCCAAGAAGCCGUGGCCUUCUGUGAGUCCCAGAACGCCACCCUGGCCUCCACCGGGCAGCUGUAUGCGGCCUGGAGCCGCGGCCUGGACAAGUGCUACGCCGGCUGGCUGGCAGAUGGCAGCCUGCGCUACCCCAUCGUCACCCCGAGGCCCGCCUGCGGCGGGGACAAGCCCGGUGUGAGAACCGUCUACCUCUACCCCAACCAGACCGGCCUGCCCGACCCGCUGUCCAGGCACCACGCCUUCUGCUUCCGAGGUGUCUCAGGGGUGCCCUCUCCAGGAGACGAGGAGGAAGGCACCGCCACGCCACCUGUGGACAUAGAGGACUGGAUAGUCACGCAGGUGGGGCCGGAUGUGGCUGCCGUUCCCCCGGGAGUGGACACGACCGUGGCACCCAGCUCCACCACUGAGCCAGAAAACCAGACUGCAUGGGAGGCAGACUAUGGCUCGCAGGCCACCUCCUCACCAGCAGGGAUCCCUGCCACAUGGCCUCCCAUUGGCCCAGAAGCAGAGGGGGCAACAGAAGGAGCCACGGAAGGAGCCACAGAAUUACCUUCUGCCACUGCCACCGUGCCUGCGGAGCCCUCUGCCUCAGAAUCGCCCGAGGAGCCAUCCACACCUUCACUCCACGGGACAGAGCUGCCUCUGCCGGGCUCUGGGGAGACGUCUGGGACUCCUGACUUCACAGGCAGUGGAGAAGCGUGGGAACGCCCUGACGCCAGUGGCCAGCCCUCAGGGGGCAGUGGGAGUGGACUGCCCUCAGCCGACCUGGACCUCCCUGGCCUCAGCUCCACAGCAGGCUCUGGGGAGGAAGAUGGCGUGUCGUGGUCCAGCCGGCCUCCGGUUGGCAGGCGACCCCCUGUGGGCGAGGGCCCAGAUGGCUCUGCCUCUGGACUAGAGGACCUCAGCGGGCAGCCUUCUGGAGAUGGUCUGGACACUUCUGCCUCUGGAAUAGAGGACCUCAGUGGACAACCUACUGGAGGAGAAGGUCUAGAAACUUCUACCUCUGGAGGAUGGGAUGUCAGUGGGCUACCUUCUGGAGAUGGUUCAGAAACUUCUGCGUCUGGAGUAGAGGACCUCAAUGUGCUUGCUCCUGAAAGAGAGGGUCUGGAAACUUCUGCCUCUGGAGUAGACCUCAGUGGGCUGCCGUCUGGAAGAGAAGGUCCAGAAACUUCUGCAUCUGGAGUAGAGGACCUCAGUGGACUUCCUACUGAAGGAGAAGGUCUAGAAACUUCUGCAUCUGGAGUAGAGGACCUCAGUGGCCUUUCUUCUGGAAAGGAAGGCCUAGAAACUUCUACUUCUGGAGUAGAGGAUCUUGGUGUGUUUCCUACUGGAGGAGAAGGUCUAGAAACUUCUGCAUCUGGAGUAGAGGACCUCAGUGGCCUUUCUUCUGGAAGUGAAGGCCUAGAAACUUCUACUUCUGCAGUAGAGGACCUCAGUGUGAUUCCUACUGAAAGAGAAGGUCUGGAAACUUCUGCCUCUGGAAUAGACCUUAGUGGGCUGCCUUCUGGAAGGGAAGGUCCAGAAACUUCUGCAUCUGGAGUAGAGGACCUCAGUGGCCUUUAUUCUGGAAGUGAGGGCCUAGAAACUUCUACUUCUGGAGUAGAGGACCUUGGUGUGUUUCCUACUGCAGGAGAAGGUCUAGAAACUUCUGCAUCUGGAGUAGAGGACCUCAGUGGACUUCCUUCUGGAAAUGAGGACCUAGAAACUUCUACCUCUGGAGUAGAGGACCUUGGUGUGUUUCCUACUGGAGGAGAAGGUCUAGAAAGUUCUACUUCUGGAGCCGAGGACCUCAGUGGGCUGUCUUCUGGAGGAGGCUCUGCUUCUGGGGCCCUGGACUUUGGCCAGCUGCCCUGGGAAACUCAGGGAAGUGGACAAGCUCCAGAAGUGAGCGGCCUCCAUUCCGGAUCCAGUGGUGAGUAUUCUGGAAUGGACUUUGGGAGCAGCCCAGCCUCUGGCCUUCCUGACUUCAGCGGCCUUCCCUCUGGGCUGCCAACGGUCUCCCUUGUGGAUGCCACAUUGGUGGAAGUGGUCACGGCCACCACGACCAGUGAGCUGGAAGGGAGGGGAACCAUCAGCAUCAGCGGUGCUGGAGAAAUCUCUGGGCUGCCGAUCGGUGAGCCGGAUGCCAGUGGACUUGCUUCAGGAGCUGAGCUCAGUGGCCAUGCGUCUGGCUCUCCUGACUUCAGUGGGGAAGUGUCUGGAAUCUUUGGUACUAGUGGACAGUCACCUGAGUUUCCUGGCCUGAGCGGGGAAGCAUCUGGAACUUCUGAGGUCAGUGGGCAGCCAUCAGGAUUUCCUUAUGGUAGCGGGGAAGUGUCCGGAGUGACAGAGCCCAGUGGCUUCUCCUCUGGACAACCAGACAUGAGCGGAGAAGCUCAUGGAGUUCUUUUUGGUAGUGGUCAGCCAUUUGGCAUAACAGACCAGAGUGGAGAAAUCUCCGGGGAUCUUGAUCUCAGCGGGCAGCCCUCAGGAGUGCCAGGAUUCCAUGAAACGAUGCCCAGAGUCCCUGAGUUGGCUUCUGGGGCAGUGAGCGGCAGCGGCGAAUCUUCUGGUGUUGUGUUGGUGGACACCAGCUUGGUGGAAGUAACCCCCAUUCCAUCUAGAGAAGAAGAAGGCCUGGGGUCUGUGGAACUCAGUGGACUCCCCUCUGGGGAGUCAGACCUGUCUGGCACCUCUGGGAUACUGGAUGUCAGUGGACAUUCUUCUGGAACAUUCGAUGGUAGUGGACUCCCAUCGCAGGCUCCAGAAUUCAGUGGCCUCCCGAGUGGGGUGGCUGACAUUAGUGGUGAAGCUUCAGGAGCAGAGGCCGGGAGCAGCCUUCCCUCAGGAGCCUUUGAGGGCAGUGGGCUUGCAUCAGGCCUCCCCACCAUCUCUUUAGUGGACAGACCGUGGGUGGAAUCUAGAACCCAGGCCCCCACAGCCCAGGAAGCUGGAGAAGGGUCUUCGGACACGUGGGAGCUCAGUGGGGUGCCCUCUGGAGAACAUUCUGGAUCCAUGGACCUCAGCGGGCUGCAGUCCAGCCUGGAAGCCAGUGUCAAGCCAAGCCCUCCCUAUUUCAGUGGGGACUCUUCCAGCCCCGUGGAUAUAAGUGGAGAAUCCUCAGCCGGCACAAGUGCCAGUGGGGACACCUCGGGGGCCCCAGACCUCACCUGGAUCACUUCAGAGUUGGUGGAAGGCGUCAUCGAACCAACUGUUUCCCAGGAGCUCAGCCGAGGACCCCCUGUGACCCACACACCACGGUUCUCUAAGGCCAGCGGGGAGGCCCUGACCUCUGGGGACAUGAGUGGAGCCACGCCAGCCUUCUCCGGGGCUGCCAGUGGCGAAGCUCCAGAGCCUACCACUUCCACCUUCUCAGACGCCGAGCAGGCCAGUGCCUCAGGCCUGGGGGCCAGCAGCAGCCCUUGGGCCUUUCAGGAAGGUUCCAGCCUGGAAGUAAACACUGAGGCCACCAGUGGCUACGAUGGGGACAUGGGGGCACCAGUUGCUCCCUCAGCCUCUGGAGACAGGACUGAAGUCAGCGGAGACCUGUCUGGCCACACCUCAGAACCGGACACGGCCGUCACCACCAGCCUCCUAGAGUUUGAGCUGCAGACAGAGGGCCCAACAGAGGCACAUCUGGAAGCCGAAUCCUUGAGCCUCUGGCACUCAGGAGAGGAGACCCAGACCUCCAGCACAGCCACCGCCCCUACGGACGCCUCCAGCCCCACUUCUCCACGGGGAUCAGGGGAAGCAGAGUGGGUCGAUGAAGACCUUGAUGAGUGCCUGUCAAGCCCUUGUGUGAAUGGAGCCACCUGCGUGGAUGCCAUCGCCUCUUUCACAUGCUUAUGCCUUCCCAGCUACGGAGGGGACCGGUGUGAGAUCGACCAGGAGGUGUGUGAGGAGGGUUGGACCAAGUUCCAAGGUCACUGCUACCGCCACUUCCCUGACCGCGAGACCUGGGUGGACGCCGAGAGGCGGUGUCGCGAGCUGCAGGCACAUCUGAGCAGCAUCCUCACCCAGGAGGAGCAGGAGUUCGUCAACAAAAAUGCUCAGGACUACCAGUGGGUUGGCCUGAAUGACAGGACCAUUGAAGGGGACUUCCGCUGGUCCGAUGGACACCCUCUGCAAUUCGAGAAGUGGCGGCCCAACCAGCCAGACAACUUCUUUGCCACGGGGGAGGACUGCGUGGUGAUGAUCUGGCACGAAGGGGGCGAGUGGAAUGAUGUCCCCUGCAACUACCACCUGCCCUUCACAUGCAAGAAAGGCACAGUGGCCUGUGGCGAGCCCCCCACCGUGGAGCACGCCAGGACCCUGGGACAGAAGAGGAACCGGUACGAGAUCAACUCCUUGGUGCGAUACCAGUGCACCGACGGCUUCGUCCAGCGCCACGUGCCCACCAUCCGGUGCCAGCCCAGCGGGCACUGGGAGGAGCCACGGGUCACCUGCACAGACCCCGCCACCUACAAGAGUCAACGGCAGAAGCGGAGCUGGCGGCUGGCAGCCCAGCAGAGCUGGCCCAGCACGGCACACUGA